AUGUGUGGCUUCGCCGACCACAGCCACAAGAAUUCUCCGUGCCCUAAGUGCAAGGUAACCCAGGAUGAAAUCUUCUCUGAUGCAUCUCUACGCAACGGCACGUGCCUCAUUUCAUUAGUGGCUUACAGUUUUGAACUAACCAUAACAAUAGAAUUUGAUCCACGUAAUGGUGAAGAACAUCGACGCCGAUGUUUCCAAGAGAAAGCCCUUGAAACACGAGAUGAACGUAACACCUUCUUUGACGAACACGGCGUCCGUUGGACCGAGCUUGCGCGGCUCCCAUAUUUUGAUCUUGUGCGACAGACAAUAAUUGAUCCGAUGCACAAUUUAUUACUUGGAAUUAUUAAGACUCAAUGGUACACGCAAUGGAUCUUGACCCCGGCCCUUCGCGCCUCUACUCAGACAAGAACUCGCGAGCUCAAUUUAAUGCAUACCUUUCUCAGUACGUUUGAAGCCCCGCUCUGGGCUGGAAAGCUGCCGCUUCGUGUUGGAGAGCCCGCAGGUGGGUCUUUGACAGCUGACGAAUAUAAGUUUGCUGCAACAACAGCCUGGCCCAUCACCAUAAGUCAUUUCAUUCUAUAUUGCAUCCAUUAUAUUCAACACGCAAUUCAGAUACCUAUAAUUUGGGACAUGUUCGUGGAGGAAGCGGAGUCGGAUCAAAAAACUUCCAUUAAGUCAUUUUCUAAACGUCAGGAUCAGUUUAUCAAGGACUACGAGGCUUGGAAGGCACACCGAGAAGCACCACAAGGGUCUGCGGCUGCCAAACGAGGCAACAAAAAGAAGUCUGCGAAAGACGACAAGGAACCGAAGCCACCGAAGCCACCGAAGGUUCGCAUGCAACGUGCCGAACCGAUCAACUUUCUGCGCCUUUCGACUGCUCUCAAGAUAUUCUGUGUCUUAUCGUAUGCUAAACAGUUGUAUGGUGUCGAUGCCCUCAAACCGAACUUUCAUUGGGCCAUUCAUCUUAGGCAACAGAUCCUUGACUACGGACCGGUCUAUAACUUUUGGGCUUUUCUCUCCAAGUGUCUCAAUAAAGUCCUCAAGAGUUCAAACUCGAACAACUGGACUGGGGGUCAGAUUGAGAUAUCGAUGAUGAGAGAAUUUUCACGUGGUGCACAGAUAGAUUCCUUGGUAAUUUCUUUGCUCAUUAUCGUGCUUUCUCUCAGUGGGAUUUUCAGGCUCGUGAUGCGAUAG